AUGAUCGAUGGGUCAACAUGCAAAUCUUAUCGUUACUUGUUGUGUGUGUUGGUCGUAUCUUACUGCUCUCUGUUCGGGAACUCCGAUGCAUUGCAGUCAGUUUGGCGGGCUAUAACACUCAUGGCUGUUUCUGUACCUUGCUUGAAAGUAACAGUAGAUGUUGAUGGUUGUGAUGUACCGGCUGAACAGAAAGACCAAAUAUUGUCACCAAUUUAUUGUUCAUGUCAGUCUGAAUUUUGCAACUGCGAUUUAUCACCACUUAGGUUUUCCAAAAGGAAGGAUGAAAUAUUAGAACAGGGUUAUAGAUCAAAUGCUCUUCAUAUUUGGGGUACUCACAAUCUUAGUACAGAGGAUGUUUUAUCUUGGUUAUCUGAUUACAGCCCAAAAUGUAUCGAAUGGAUAAAUGAUGCAUCAUGCAAUGUCGUGUUUGAAGAUGAAAAUACUGUUCUACGCGCUAUAGCCGAUUUCGCUGAACCAUUUGAUCGUCGUGUUGCAUUAGCUGCAGCUGCUGCUUUGGCCUCACUCUUAGAAAAAGAUGAUAUUAAUGAUGUAGGCUUGAGUCAGUCAGAUAAUUUAGACGAAAUAUUUGAAGAUCGUAAAUCUCUGACAUUAUCAAAUGAAACACUGGAUUCUAUUGAACAAUUUUCUCAACAUCUACCUCCAACCGGACGUUGGUAUAAGGCAUUAUCAGUUCCACCCCAAACAAUAUCACUUUUUCUACGAUUCCCACAUAAAACGGAUGUAAAACUACCUGGGGCAGAACGUCGAAGUCUUUAUUACCGCCGUUUUGGUAACCCUAAUUAUGGUGGAAUGACUGGUAUUUUAAGUCGUUCAUACAGACGUCGUGUUCGGAUAUCGCGAAUUAAAUCCAGCAACGAUCCAAAUGGUGACUCGCGUCAUAUUGAAAGUUUAUCUGCACAAUUUGCCGAGUUGGUUGCCAACGCUUAUGAUGAUCCCGAUUCAGUAGUUAGUCAAAUCGUUGGUAAUAGCAACUACAAUAUAUGGAAUUCGGCUUCUCAAGCACCUGCACCUGAGCGCCCACUUAUUGUUUACGAUAAUCUGUAUGACGAGUCAGAUCAAGUAGCUCAUCCCGCAAUAUUUCCCAAAUAUACUACAAAGUCUAACACAAGACAGCGUCGAAAUGCUAGUGAGUUUCCUGUACCUAAACCUCGACGACAGCCUCACAAAUGGCCUCGUCGAGAUCGCGGUCCAAUACCAAAUCGCUGGUUGACGAAUGAAGACGAUGACGAAGAUGAGGAUGAUAUAUUUGAAACUCCAGAACCUGGGACGAUUGUAGUUUUAGAUCCACGGGAACCAUGGGGGAGUGCAUUGUCUGGUGACUCUAAACCAUCCCUGCGCUCAAGUGGCUCCAGUCGUGUCAAACCUGCUAAUCGUCAUUAUCCUCGUAGCAUUGCAACAGUAACAUUAAUGCCUGAUACCGAUGUUAAUGAUGAUAUUAAUUUAGUUGAGGACGAAAAUGCCCUCAGAACCAGGCGUUUGUUGGCGUCAAUGAGCAUGGUUGCAGAUAUAGAAUCCAACUCCGGAAGACCUCGGUCUGUUUCAGAACGUCUUGGUGUUCCUGGAAAUCGUCCAAUUAAAUCACGUAAACCAAAUAUUUGGCAACGCUUGGGCUAA